GUUCAUGCAAAACAACAUCAUGUGGUUCUUUCGUCUUUAGCCAAAUGUGCAAAAUAAGGUAUUCCCAUGCUGGCGCGUCAACGACCACCCCGCACUUGGUGAACCGUUUCGGCUCCCAACUGGGUAAACCGAAGCGCCAAUUGAGCGAUCCGAAGGUGCCCUUUUGAUGACAGCAUAUAUAAAGGAGUACAAGAGGUUAUGAGGUAUGGAGAUGGGCUGUUCCCUCAUAUUUUUCUACAGUCAAACCAUUUCGAAAAUCUCAAGAACUUCUGGAAGAAGCCAAGAAGUAUUAUUGAUACAAGACAAGGACGCAUAGAGCAACUAUCCAAGGGUCAUAUAGCCGAUUAUGCCUCACUCCAAUCCAUCCUUGCAGGUCACUGCAGAUCACCAGAUCAAGAUGGCAGAAGCACCGAUUCAUAAACCUGGACAAGGAGAAGUACUGCUACACAUCAAGUGUACUGGAAUCUGUGGAUCUGAUAUCCAUUUCUGGAAGACUGGAAGGAUUGGACCGUUGAUUGUGGAGAGUGAUUGUAUCUUGGGACACGAGGCUUCUGGAGUUGUACUCAAGGUUGGCGAGGGGGUGGAGGAGUUCAAGGCUGGCGAUAGAGUCGCAGUCGAACCCGGUGUCCCCUGCGAGAAAUGCUGGCUCUGCAGAGAAGGUCGCUACAACCUCUGCGAGGACGUAAAGUUCUCGGGAGUCUGGCCUCAUCACGGAACCCUCCAACGCUUCAAAGUCCAUCCUGCAAAGUGGCUUCACAAAAUCCCUGAUAAUGUCAGCUUUGCAGAGGGAGCACUUCUAGAGCCCCUCUCAGUCGUUCUUCAUGGUAUCCGUCGCGCAGGACUAACCCUAGGUCGCGGCGCUCUAAUCUGCGGCGCUGGCCCCAUCGGUCUCAUCGCCCUCCUCGCCUCCCGUGCCUCUGGCGCCCACCCUCUAAUCAUCACAGAUCUAGAGCCCAAACGCCUCGCCUUUGCCAAAAAACUGGUUCCCGAUUGCGAAACCUUUCAAGUAGACCGUAACGCUUCUGCUGAAGACAAUGCAAAGAAUAUUAGAAAGCUUUUUGGAGAGCAUGAGUAUGGGGCACCGGAGACGGUGUUGGAGUGUACGGGUGUGGAGAGCAGUAUUGUCACCGGUGCAUUUGCGGUUAGAAGGGGUGGUACUGUCAUGGUUAUUGGUGUGGGCAGGCCGGUGGUCAACAAUAUCCCUUUUAUGCAUUUGAGUCUUGGUGAGGUGAGUUUUUUUUCUUUGGCGAUACAUCGUCCCUGCUAUUCUCAAUCCGAAUAAGAAGAAACAUACUGAUAUCCAAACAGAUCAAUCUCAAAUUCAUCAACAGGUAUACCGAUACC